CCACAGGAGGAGGAGCAAUAGCCGAAGCAGCAGCCAGGAUAUCGAACAAGCGAUAGGAUGGAGCGUCCGCUUGGAUGACGACGAACUCAGAGACCCAAAGAAGCUGGCAACGAAAUCAGGCACGAAACUGCUGCUGGAAACUGAUACCAAAUUAGUGGCAGCAUCCAAAAAUAGCAUCCGCAUAGGGGCAACAAAUAACGAAAAGAAACGAAAUAGAAUCGGAAACGGAAACAUGAACAGUGCGGAUAUUUUGUAAUUAUUAAUGAGCGCAUAGAGAGUGAGUGAGGGUCUGCUGCCGGAGGAGAAGUGCUGCCGGAGGAGGAGUGCUGGAGGAGCGGAGGAACCACAAGCAGCGAAACCGAGCGAUAUACGUUGAGGGAUAGCACAGCAUGUACAUUCUGCUGGAGCUCAACUAACACAGAGACACACACCACACACCAUACACACACACACACAGGACACACUCACCCAAGCCCAAGCCCAGAAACCGAGGAACCGAGAACCGAAGACCCAAACCCCCCCGCAGACAGUUUCCCCACAGGACAUCAGGCAGGAAAGGCAACGAAAGGCUCAAUUUCAAGGAAUUUGCAAAAAGCGCUCACCCACACACACACACUGCUAUGGAGUAUGGGCUGCCUGCUGGAAUCUCGUCAGGAUAGAAGUAAUUAAAAGUAAAUAAAGCAGCAGGCAAGCAGCAGCGGAGGCACAAGAACCCCCAAAAAGAAACUCAAAGCGGAGGCUGCAGGGAGAAGCAGGAAGUAACCUGAUUACGAGCAGCAGAAGAAGGAAGCAGAAAGAGAAAGAGAAAGGAGGAAAAGGAAACAACAACAGCAAUUAAUGUGACGCAGCAGCAGAAGCGAAGAAGUGAUCCGCUGAUGAAUGUGCUGUGACUCGAUCUCCCGCACCCGAAAAAGCGCCAGGAACGAAGAGAGAGAGAGAGAAAUAGAGAGAGUGGGAAAGCACAGAGAAACACAAACAAACACUCGAAGCCAUAAACACACAUGCACUGAAGUUACUGACUGAAUGCCUCGCUGCCUAAACAAACAACUAACUCACUGACUGAGAGACUUCAACAAAGCGAAAGAAGAGGCCCAAGACGCAAGAGCAGGACAGCAACAAACGAAGCAGCAGCAAAAGAAGAAGCAACAGAAGAAGAAGUAGCAAAAGAAGCAGCAGAAGUAGCGGAGAAAACAAACAACCUAAAACCUUGACUAAUAACUGCAACUACAAGCAACAAGCAAAUCAAGAUAAAAGAGCAACCAAAAACCAACUACAACAACAACAACAACUUACUUUAUACGCAACUAAAAAAAUGAACAUAAAAAAUACCUAAAUUUUUAAAUGCAAAAACUACGAGCAGCAAGCGCCACGCCAACAUUUUAAAUAAGCAAAAAAAAACCAAAAUACAGCACAACUUCUCCUCUUUAUAAAUACCAAAACAAAACACCGAAAAACCAAAACCAGCCCCAACUUUUGCAACUUCCAAAUACUAGAAACCAAAAACCCAAACACAGCACCACCAUGAGUGAUUCAAGAAUGGACAAAUUGGCCAGAAUGGCGCCGCUGAACCGCACACCUCUGCUGACCAUCUGGCUGGCCAUCAAUGUGGCGCUGAUCGCACAGGAAACGGGCAACAAACGCAUCCACACAGUGCAGGCGGCCACUGGAGGUGGCAGCAUGCUGGGUGACGUAAACAUAUCCGCCAUACUCGACUCCUUUAGUGUUAGCUACGACAAAAGAGUAAGACCCAAUUAUGGUGGUCCCCCUGUGGAGGUUGGCGUCACAAUGUACGUCCUCAGUAUCAGUUCGGUUUCGGAAGUUCUCAUGGACUUCACAUUGGAUUUUUACUUUCGUCAAUUUUGGACCGAUCCUCGUUUAGCGUAUAGAAAACGACCUGGUGUAGAGACACUGUCGGUUGGAUCAGAGUUCAUAAAGAAUAUUUGGGUACCUGACACCUUUUUUGUAAAUGAAAAACAAUCAUAUUUUCACAUUGCAACAACCAGUAAUGAAUUCAUACGUGUGCAUCAUUCUGGAUCGAUAACAAGAAGUAUUAGAUUGACUAUCACCGCAUCGUGUCCGAUGAACCUGCAAUAUUUCCCAAUGGACCGGCAGCUGUGCCACAUUGAAAUAGAAAGCUUCGGUUACACGAUGCGAGAUAUCCGAUAUUUCUGGAGAGAUGGACUGAGUAGUGUUGGCAUGAGCAGUGAGGUCGAAUUACCGCAGUUCCGUGUCUUGGGACACAGGCAGAGGGCGACCGAAAUAAACCUAACCACAGGAAACUAUUCGCGUUUAGCCUGCGAAAUUCAGUUCGUGCGCUCGAUGGGCUACUACCUUAUACAAAUCUACAUACCCUCUGGACUGAUCGUUAUUAUAUCAUGGGUAUCAUUUUGGCUCAAUCGCAAUGCAACGCCGGCGCGUGUGGCGCUCGGUGUGACAACCGUGUUGACAAUGACCACUUUGAUGUCGUCAACAAAUGCAGCGCUGCCAAAGAUUUCGUACGUCAAAUCGAUUGACGUCUAUCUGGGAACAUGCUUCGUUAUGGUCUUUGCCAGUCUACUGGAAUACGCCACCGUCGGCUACAUGGCAAAACGAAUUCAAAUGCGAAAACAAAGAUUUAUGGCGAUCCAAAAGAUAGCCGAGCAGAAAAAGCAACAGCUCGACGGGGCCCAGCAGCAGGCCAAUCCAAAUCCGAACGCACCCAUGGGGAUGGGUGGAGGAGGUGGCGGUGGCGUUAACGCCGGUGGAGGCGGCGUCGGUGGUGGCGUUGGUGUCGGCGUUGGCGUUAACGUCGGCAUGGGCAUGGGUCCUGAGCAUGGGCAUGGGCAUGGUCACCAUGCCCACAGCCAUGGUCAUCCGCAUGCGCCCAAACAAACAGUGAGUAACCGCCCAAUCGGCUUUUCCAAUAUCCAACAAAACGUUGGUACGCGCGGUUGCUCGAUAGUGGGACCCUUGUUCCAGGAGGUGAGAUUCAAGGUCCACGACCCGAAGGCCCACUCCAAGGGCGGGACCCUGGAGAAUACGGUGAACGGUGGUCGAGGCGGCCCCCAAUCCCACGGACCCGGACCGACGCCCGGCGGCGGUGGACCCGGUGGCGGCGGCGGUGGUGGUGGUGGAGGUGGCGGACCGCCAGAUGGCGGUGGCGAUCCCGAAGCAGCGGUCCCAGCCCACUUAUUGCAUCCCGGCAAAGUAAAAAAGGUAAAGGACAUCAACAAACUGCUGGGCAUCACGCCCUCGGAUAUUGACAAGUAUUCGCGCAUUGUGUUCCCUGUGUGCUUUGUCUGCUUCAACCUGAUGUACUGGAUCAUCUACCUGCAUGUGAGCGACGUGGUCGCCGAUGAUCUGGUGCUGCUCGGCGAGGAGUAAAGAGUGCGUCGAGGGUGCUCCAGGAUCACCAGGAACAGGAGUGAACAGCGCACGAGAGAGUCAAACUGUGCAAGGCGCUGAAAAACCACACAAAAAAGAAGAAGGAAAACCACAAAAAAAAAAAACAAAAACUAAACCAAAAAUAAAGAAGCGGAAACAAAAGUAAUUUUAACUAGCGAUACGAAGGAAGACAAGACAACAAGUUAUUGUUUAAUACUAAUGGACACACACACAUAUUAAAAGGUCGACAGCAAAGAAUAUUGUUAAAUAGAUUUACACAAAGCGGAAAAAACAACAAAACAUUAGCAUUAACAUGGAAAAAAUGAAUAUAAAUGAAUGAAGAAUAAUCAAAAGCAACAGAUUAGCAAAUUGUAGUGAAAAUUAUAUAAACGAAAGGUAUAAGCGAACAUGUUGAAAAAGGGAUUUAAAA